UGCCAACCUGCGUAUUGCACUGUCAAUUGUCUUUGACAAACACUGCCAUCUGCUGGAUAGAAAAGUGCAUGCAGCUCAUUCCCUCUCCACAUGGAUGAAAAGUAGUCCCGCCUCCUGUGUUUUGGUGCGCCGAGGAAUCACGUGACAUGCCUAUAUUCUUGUUUUGCUCAUCUCAUUUCCUACACAGUCUCCGAAAUUCUCAAUACCGCCGUAAAAAUGGUGACACCGGAGAACUUGUCGGGCGAGACAGGUGCUCAAAGGGAGCCCAAAUUUGACCGGGAUGCGUCCACGACGGCCGUGGACACAGCAAUCGUGCUUCUCGGAGCCGGGGUGACAGCGAUCACACACCCGCUGCUGUACGUCAAACUGCUAAUUCAGAUUGGACAUGAGCCCCUCACCCCAACUGUCGGAACCACCAUGUUUGGGAGGAAAGUGUUGUACCUCCCUGGAUUCUUCUCCUAUGCACAGCACAUCAUAAGGGUGGAUGGAAAGAGGGGACUCUUCCGAGGUCUGUCCCCUCGUAUUAUGUCCAGUGCCAUCUCUACCAUGGUCCGGAGUAAAGUCAAACAGACCAUUCCAGCAGAGGAGGUAGAGAAUGUAUCUGACAGAGAUGACUUGAACACCUCCCUCAGGAAUGUGGUCAAAGAGACCUCACAUGAGAUGGUCAUCCAGUGCCUAUCCAGGAUAGCCACUCAUCCCUUCCAUGUGAUCUCAGUGCGCUGCAUGGCCCAGUUUGUGGGGAGAGAGAUCAAGUACAGGGGGUUAUUCAGCUGCAUAGCCAACAUCUUCAAGGAGGAGGGCGUUGGGGGAUUCUUUGCGGGGGUUAUGCCCCAUGUCCUGGGUGAGGUCAUCUUCCUGUGGUGUUGUAACCUCCUGGCCCACUUCAUCAACACCUACGCAGUGGACAACAAUUUCAGCCAAGCCCCAGCAGUGAGAAGCUACACUAAGUUUGUGAUGGGGAUUGCAGUGAGUGUGUUGACAUACCCAUUUAUGCUGGUGGCAGACCUGAUGGCAGUCAACAACUGUGGCUUAGUGGCUGGUGUUCCCCCUAACUCUCCCAUCUUCAAGUCCUGGGUGCGCUGUUGGGCUCACCUGAGCCAUGAGGGCCAUCUCUUCCGAGGAUCCAGCUUCUUCUUCCGCCGCGUACCUGUGAAAGCGAUGGCCUUGACUGAGGAGUGAUGUCAUAAACCGCCGCACAACCUGUGCCACUGUUCUCCCUCCUAACUGGUACCUCAGUGAGACCAACGUACAGCCCACCAAGUCAAACCUUCCCCUCACCUUAAACACCCUGGUGGGUACAGCAGGAGCAGCAAGAUCUCAAUGGGCUUGGUGAUCUACUGAUCUUUUUUUUUUUUUGCUGAAUCAAAGUUACUUACAAAAGAAGUUGUUUUGUUAAUUUGGUUUUUAAUCUUAAGUAUUAGUGUAACCACUCAAAAGUAAGAGGUUGGAGAAUUAAUGUGAGCAAAUCAAAAUGCUAUCCAAUAGAUGUCCUCUUGGUUGAAUGCUGAGAGUAUAAUCUCCUUUUACUAUCCCAGCCUAAAGUUGCACAAUUAUUUUUUAUUUUUUUAAAUUAAAAUCUAUCACUUCAUAUAGCCAUUUAUUUAUUUUUAUAUACAGUUUAAUUAAGUUCUAUGUAAGCUUUGGAAUUGGAUAGUUGAUAACGUCAUCUAUUGAAAUAUGCCAGAUUUGAUUUGAUUUGAUGUUUAUUUUUCAAAUGAUCUUCUUCCCAGAAGCAUGAUAAGUGUUGUUGCAUUCAAAGGGGAUCCUUUGUCUCCUAUCAGAAGUGCUUUAACCAAGAAUUAUACCUAUUCAGGAACAUCAUAAACCCACAAUAACUGGAGUACUCUCCUUUCAACCAUAAGAUUAAUUAGACAACUGGUUUCUCGCAAAUUCUUACAAAUUGCAGCUCUAGUGUUCGCCUGCCAUGAGGAGUAUGAAAUGGGAGGAAUUCAGAGGGCAACCAGUGGUUUUCAGUGAUGUCUAAAAACUUAGCCUGCCAUCCCAAAAAUAUUUUCUCUGUGGCCAUAUUGACAACUGUCCUUAAUGUAUAAUAUAUCAAAUAAGUGAUAUAUCUAACUGGUGCAAAAUGAUGGGUAUGUUUGUGUUACCAAUGACAAAGAAAUGCUAAAUUAUGUGAUGACAAUGGCUGAGCAUAUUAUGCAUAUUACGAUACAUUUUGCAUUCAGGCUAAGGGUGUGUGCCUGAUCUUUGAACCAACCAUUUCUGUUUGAGUUCCUUUUUGACUGCAGGUGAAGAUCCCAAUUAACCUGAUAGUUUACAGUUAACCACUUGUAGUAGCAUAUAAAUAAAAGUUAACAUUAUCAUAUUGUGUCUCCCCCUGCCCCCAUGAUCAGUGUUAACCACAAAAUGAUCUUGACCGGGUUUGGUAUAGGCUGUUUUUGUCCUUAUUCCAGAUUUUUUUUUGCAAUGGAUUGCUCUAAUCAUGUCUACUUGAAAUAAUGUGUGGGAAAAAGCUUGCAGAAGCGACCUGCUUUGCCAAGUGUGUGAGUGGGUUUAUGAUGUGUGCAUCUUUAUACCAUGUAAUUGAGAAUGAUGUCCAAUGCUGUAAUCUUUCUGUAUGUUUUUUUUUCUUCUCAAAAUGUCAUGAGCAUUCACUCUCGUGUGUGUGUGUGUGUGUGUGUGUGUGUGUGUGUGUGUGUGUGUGUGUUCCAGUCAAACAUUCCCUGUAAACUGUGAUCUCCGAAAGAGGGAGAAGCAAUGGCGAGGCAGUUGCUUUGCGACCUUGUAUUUCCGAUGUCUAUUUCCCUGAAAUAAUAUGAAACCUGGCAUUCUUGUCUAUUCUACAGUAUCUGUGUUUGUUUUUAAACCUAUCCUUUGAUCUGGUUUUAUAUUUUAAAAAAUGAAAUUACAUGGAUGAUGUGAUGGUCUACAAGUAGUCAUUUCUCUGUGACCAACUGGGCAGACACACACACAUUUUUGUGCCAGGCAGCAGCUUGAAUGAGAGGGUCAAAGAGUGGUAAUUUCCUGUAAAUGUAUUAGAUGGGACAGACACAUACUUUUUGUUCCCUGCAUAGUUAAUCAUUCAUCAGCUUUUCAUUAAACCCAUUUGUAAUAUAAAAUCUAUCUGACCAGUUAAAAUCCAUUGUGCAUGCCAGGAGUUGUUCUACAUGUCCAGUCUGCACAAAGCAGUCUUUCUUUUACCCAGUGGGUCACAGCGGUGACCUGUCUUGCC